AUGAGGGGUGGAAGUUCUGAGCGCCUUGUGCGAUCAUCAAGGCGUAGAGGAGAAACGCGUGCUAAAUUAACGAGAUAUAUUACAAUAAUCUUAGCCACUCUACUCGGCGGAGGAGGUUCGGCCCUUCUAUUUCUCGUGCCAUUGUACGCAGACCCAGCUUUAAGUGCUUUGGCUGCAGACUUCGACCCGGUACCGGCGGAGUGUAUUACCGAUAAACGCGACGACCGACUCGGUUUGGAUAACUGCACUUGGGCAUCGUGCAGAGAAGGUUGCACCAGUGACGCAUACAAAUGUACACAGUUGCACGUCAAGUACAAAGCACAUAGUCAAGAAUGGCGGCCAGCCGUGUUGUUUGUCAAUAUAAAGGGAUGUGGCUAUCCUCCUGCAGUGGAUUGUGACAAUUUUACGACAAAUUACGGCUACGUCGGUGCUAAAUAUUCUUGUUACUGGUCUCGGGCUGAUAUUAAUGUUGUGGUACCACGUUGGUCUAGAGGGGAACAGGUAGCGACGGUGACGAGGACGUUGGCUGUACCGCUGUUCCUUUCAGGAUGUGCUGGGAUAGGUCUGUGCGCUUUACACUGCGAAUGCAAGCCACGCCGCCGCAGACGCCCUCCGCGCCGCCCCCCACGUCUGCCCGCGCUGUCACCUGAUGAUACCUCGGUCUAUCGCUUAGCCUAG